UGUGCGAUUUGUCUAUGGCAAUUUGUAAUUGUUUCAUGUUUGUAGAAAAUGCAUACAUUUUUUUAAAUAUAAUAAACUCUGAGUCUGACUUAAUUAAUAAAAUCUAGUUAAUAAAAUCCUGCUUCAAAUCGUUAAGCUACAAAUAUGUCUGACACGAGUGACUUAGAUCGUCAAAUCGAGCAGCUAAAAAGAUGUGAAAUUAUAAUGGAGGCAGAGGUUAAAGCCCUUUGUGCCAAGGCUCGUGAGAUCCUCGUCGAAGAAAGCAAUGUUCAACGCGUCGAUUCACCUGUUACGGUGUGUGGAGACAUCCAUGGUCAAUUUUAUGAUCUGAAAGAGUUAUUUAAAGUGGGUGGAGAUGUUCCUGAGACCAAUUACCUGUUCAUGGGUGAUUUUGUAGACAGAGGGUUUUAUUCAGUGGAAACCUUUUUAUUAUUGCUUGCGUUGAAGGUUAGGUAUCCAGACCGCAUUACACUGAUAAGGGGUAACCAUGAAUCACGACAGAUCACUCAAGUAUAUGGAUUUUAUGAUGAGUGCUUGAGAAAAUAUGGAUCUAUCACUGUUUGGAGGUAUUGCACUGAAAUAUUCGACUAUUUAUCCCUAUCUGCAAUUAUCGACGGAAGAAUUUUCUGUGUACAUGGCGGACUCAGCCCGUCAAUACAGACUUUAGACCAGAUUAGAACCAUCGACCGCAAGCAAGAGGUUCCACAUGACGGACCCAUGUGUGACUUACUUUGGAGCGAUCCUGAAGACACUCAGGGCUGGGGUGUGUCACCACGUGGGGCAGGCUAUUUGUUCGGAUCGGAUGUGGUGGCGCAGUUCAACGUCUCAAACGACAUCGACAUGAUCUGUCGCGCGCACCAGCUUGUCAUGGAGGGCUACAAAUGGCACUUCAACGAGACUGUCCUCACAGUUUGGUCGGCGCCUAACUAUUGUUACAGAUGCGGAAAUGUGGCAGCCAUAUUGGAGCUUAACGAAAGCCUGCAACGCGAGUUCACAAUAUUCGAGGCAGCCCCGCAAGAGUCGAGAGGUGUCCCCUCCAAGAAACCACAAGCUGACUAUUUCUUAUAAUGUUACCUGUAAUAAGACAAUUGCGAUUGACUAGUAAUACGGUUUUAAAUGUAGUGACAAAACAAUUUUUGAUGUGAAAAUGAUUUGAUUGUGAUGUUAAGACUGUGGUGUGUUAUAAUUUUUAUGUAUCGUAUGUUAUUAUUAAGACCAUGCGCUUACUACCACAGCUUAAAGCAGUAUUAUUCUUAUGUUGUCUAUGUUUUGAUUCAGAAUUAUAAUCCAUACUAGUUGCUGCCCGCCACUUCGUCCGCGGUUAUUUUGGGUUUUUGAAACUUCCCCAGGGACCUCCUAUUUUCGCGGGAUAUAAUGUGUCCUAUGGCCGUCUCAAGGAUGUAAACUAUUUUUAUGCAAAACCACGAUAAGUUACGCGUGCCGUGAAAGUAACAAUUGGUUAAUUUUUUUUCGCAGCUAUUUUGGAAUAAAUAUUAUCUCACGUCCAUUUCUCGGAUGCAAGCUACAUUUUUACCAAAUUUCAUCGUAAUCGGUUUAACGGUUAAGACAAACAUAGGCAACAGACGCACUUCAUUAUUUAAGGAUGGCUUUUUUGACUAUUUAUGACAAAUAAACUGACAUUUCAAAAUAGUACUGGUUUAAGCGAUAGUAGUAAGGCCCCAUUUCUGUGAAAAAAGGACGCGUACAGUGUUUUGUAGACGCGGAUUUUAUAUGACUAUGACAUUACGUUGUUUAAUAAUAAUAUUUGUUUAACAUCCUGAUUCAUGGUGCUGAUUUGAUUGUUCACUUUUGAAGCGCCUAGAUCUUUUGCAAAGCAAAUUCAUAGUUCGGUGCGAAGUUAUACAUGAAUUAGCGGUACCCGCGACGACGUCCGUGCAACUUCUGAUAGGAAGUAAAUUGAUUACAUAGACCACACUACACUAUACUAUACACCACGACCCACCGCGUCGCAUCGCCCGCCCUCGAUUUUCUUCGUUUUCGCGGGUCGUAUCGUGAUGUUCCUCAUGUUGUGAAUGUCAAUUCCACCGGCAGGGUGGUUACGUAUCUCGCAGCAGGCUUGCGAAAUGCGUAAUUAUCGCGAUCUUUUGAAUGCGUAACUUUUAAUGACAGCAAAAAUUGCAAUAUUUAUGCCUGUCCUGAGAAACAAUCAAAAUCAUACGACACUCUGCCUUUAAAAACAAUAGAUCUAACUCUAGCUUUAUUAUAAGUAUAGUUAAAGGUUUCAGUUUUCCAGUUUCCCGUGGUAAUAAGUUAUCUAAAAUAAAUAAAAGUAACCUAGAUUACUUGUUAGCUAAAUCUUCUAACGGCCGGCUAAAGUCGAUCUAAAAUGAUUUAUUUAGCUCUUCCGAAGAUUAUUCUGGAUUUAUUUAUUUGUAGCCCGUGAUUAGUUAAGUUAUAUCCGAAUCAAUGAAUAAAAAAAAAUCUAAAUUCAUUUAUUUCAAGUAGCCUAACACUAUAAGCACUUUUAUAUCGCCUAGUCUGUCUUUUUGUAGUGACUCUUCCACCGUUUAGGAAGGCAGAUUCUACAGAGAAGAAGCCAGCUAGAAACUCUGCAGUUGCUCUGUCUUCUCCAACAUCAGCUAUUUACAUUCAUGUUGAUUGUGUUCUUUAUGUCAACUUAAACAAAUUUUAACUUACACGCACUUUUGCAUCGCUUCUUAUGACAAACGCGCGACUGUUUUCAUUUAGCAUUCGAUGCACUAUCGUGGUUACAUGAACGAAGGUAUACUAUUAGCGAUUUUAUCGCUACUGAAUCGCUGCAAAACGUCGCCGGUGAAGAUCUGACUUACUUUAUAACCAGUUGUGUACAUUUGCAUAGCGAUUACGUAGCGAUCCUUUUACGAUUGUAUCGCCAGUGAAUCGCUACAAAAAGUCGCCGGUGAAUAAAGGAUGUACUUUAAGACCUGUUUUGUACAUCAGCAUAGCGAUAACGUAGCGAUCCUUUUGCGAUUGUAUCGCUCGCUACUGAAUUACUGCAAAAGUCGCCGAUGAAGAAAGGAUGUACAAUAACACCUUUCGACUGGUGAUUUAUGCACAACCUUUAUUAUACAAACCAAAUUAGCACCAUGAUCAACCACAAAUUCAAUUAAAACAAUUUAGUUUUUCAGAUAAAUCCUUAUUUUAAAGAAGCUUCUUCCUAAUUAUUAUAAGUAUUUCUUUAUAAUUAAAUACGUAAAAAUUGUGUGGCCUA